AACACCGAUUGGCUAAGGCAGACACACGGUUUAACAUCUUUUCCACUACUAAAAAAGUUAAGUUAUCUAAAACUUUAGGGAUAAUGUAGUGCUUCACUGGAUAUCAAUCGUUUUUUUUCUGUAAAAUACAGACUCCUUUUUUUACGUUUUGUACGUCCCCAUGUUUCUUUUUCUUUUGAGAAAGUCGGGAAUAAAGAGAACACGUCUCCAUUGUUCGAACUGGAUCCACUAACACUUCCCAGAUUUCCUGUUCCUGUGUGGAAGAGUUACCGAGGGCCGCUGAAGAGGGAUUGUUGAGCUGUGACGCUGAAACACAGCCCUGUGUGUGGACUGAUGAUCAGCACUCGGAAGCUCACGUUCCCUGUCAACCUUCCGUAGAGGGACAGUCACACUUCUUGUGACUUUUUAUGGGGAUAUUCUUUUAUUUCUUUACUGAAGAGUUUUACCAAAGAUUAGUUUCCUUUUCUUUCGGCACAUGUUUUGAACACAACCAUUUUUGGAAAACACAUUGAGGAAUUCUCCCUCAUGUUAUGCACAUCUAUGGAUACCAGUGGCUCAUUGGUUAGCGCACGAUCUGAGGAGCAGUCUCUUCAUGUCCGCUACAGGAUGGAGGUGUCUUGCCUGGAGUUAGCGCUGGAGGGCGAGCGGCUCUGUAAGGCCGGUGACUACAGAGCAGGGGUCUCCUUCUUCGAAGCUGCUAUCCAGGUAGGCACAGAGGAUCUCCAGGUGCUCAGCGCCAUCUACAGCCAGCUAGGAAAUGCCUACUUCCACCUGCAUGACUACAGCAAGGCCCUGGAAUUCCAUCGGCAUGAUCUCACCCUCACCAGAACGAUAGGUGACCUGCUGGGUGAAGCCAAAGCCAGUGGAAACCUUGGCAACACGUUGAAGGUGUUGGGUCGGUUUGACGAGGCCAUGGUUUGCUGUCAGAGACACUUGGACAUUGCCAGGGACACUAACGACAAGGUGGGUCAGGCACGGGCUCUGUAUAACUUUGGUAACGUGUAUCAUGCUAAAGGGAAGAGUAUCUGCUGGAGUGGAGCUGAGCCGGGAGAUUUCCCAGAGGAGGUCAUGACGGCACUGAGGCAGGCCGCGGAGUACUACGAGGCAAAUUUGUCGAUAGUGCAGGAUCUCAGAGACAGAGCUGCACAGGGUCGGACGUACGGGAACCUCGGCAACACCCAUUACCUGUUAGGAAACUUUCGCAAAGCAGUGGCUUCACAUGAGCAGCGCCUUCUCAUAGCAAAGGAGUUUGGUGACCGCUCUGCAGAGAGAAGGGCUUACUGCAACCUAGGGAACGCUUAUAUUUUCUUGGGGGAUUACGAAGUGGCGGCUGAGAAUUACAAGAGGACGCUGCAGCUGGCCCGGCAGCUGAAGGAUCGAGCGGUUGAGGCUCAGGCUUGUUACAGUUUGGGAAACACCUACACACUGCUGCAGGACUAUGAGAGAGCCAUCGACUAUCAUCUCAAACACCUCAUCAUAGCCCAGGACCUCAACGACAGGAUCGGGGAAGGCCGUGCAUGUUGGAGUCUGGGGAACGCUCACACGGCACUGGGGAACCACGACCAGGCCAUGCACUUUGCUGAGAAACAUCUUGAGAUCUGCAAAGAGACUGGAGACAGGAGUGGAGAGCUGACGGCCCGUAUGAACGUGUCGGACCUCCAGAUGGUCCUGGGUCUGAGCUACAGCACGAACAGCUCCACCCUCACAGAGAACAAGGACAUAGACUACAACCAGCACGGAGCCCGGCCAAGGAUGAACAGGAGGCACAGCAUGGAGAACCUGGAACUGAUGAAACUGACUCCAGACAAGAUAAAUGGUCAGAAUUGGAAUAUUGGUGUUCCGACCAAACAGUCCAAACCAUCCUUGGCCAAGACCAGCUCCAAGCUCUUCUUUGUCAAUCGUCUUCGGGGGAAGAAGUUCAAGACGGGGGGCUCCAGUAAAGUUCUCCAGGAUACCAGUAACACCCUGGAUGUCAGUCAGAUAUCAGAGCAGGGACCACAGAAGCGAGUCACUCCUGACGUGCUGGGAGACGAGGGCUUCUUUGACCUCUUGAGUCGUUUCCAAAGCAACCGUAUGGACGACCAGCGCUGCUCCAUACAGGACAAAGGCAGCAGGCUGUCGCUAAAUGGCAGCCCCGAGAGGCCUCCAAAAGCUGACAUGUCAGGUCGGCGGAUAGAGGGAUCACAAGGAUCAGGAGGAAACCUGCCCGGCCUCAGACUUCAUCAAAAUGGCAACCGUGCCGUCCUCAACCACCUGAUGUCCAACGCUGAGCCUGACGACAACUUCUUUGACAUGUUGGUCAAGUGCCAGGGCUCCCGUCUCGAUGACCAGCGCUGUGCCCCUCCCCCUCCUCCAGCCCGAGGACCGACUGUACCGGACGAGGACUUCUUCAGCCUCAUCAUGCGCUCACAAGCCAAACGAAUGGACGAGCAGCGAGUCACACUGCCCUCUGCAGCCAGCGCCAGGUCAGGGCCAACACCAACCCCUAACUGAGAUGACAACAGUGUGAUGGACAUUUUCCAUCUCCAGUGUUUCUCGCAAUGCUGUGGACUGCAAUAAAAAACAAAAAAAGAGCAGCAUUGGACGUGGUGAGUGUACAAUUUGUGAGAUAACAAAAACGAGGACAUUCGCAGUAUUUCCGUGACACUAACAACUUUCAGAUAAAUCAGGGACAAAUGCUUUUUUCCUUUUUUGUGUGUUUUUGUGCACUGGCAUAUUUCAUUAUUAUUUGUAUUUCUCAAAACACAGCUACCAUUAUGUUUGUGUUCUGUUGUGCUGUUUAUGACUGCCGUCCUAAUACUAUAAGGAAAUGUGGUUUCAUGUAGAUAUAUCACUAAAGACUCAGCACUUAACGUUUUACUGUGUAUUUUAUUUGAAUGUAACUUUUUUGAUGAAACUGUGUAAGACCUCACACAGAAAAUAACAAGAAUUAUUAUAAGCUGUUUGAUAAAACAAUGAAUUUAACCCGUGUACAGCUACUACUGUCUUUUGUACAUUUGAGUGAGGACAGAUAAAUAAACCUCAUUCCUAUA